AAGGUUGGGGACCUCUGGUAUAUACUCAGGGCUGUGAGGUCUUUGUUUUUGUUUUUGCAUAUCCCUAUUGCUCUGUCACCUUGUGCUGCUAGGUCAAGAGUUAAUAACCAAAGCUCCACCAUCAGUUACUCAUUAGCAUGCCAUCAACCUCUGCCCUGUCUGUAAUUGCUUAUAUACCAGUUAUUUUCCCCGUGACUCAAGUUCCUCAACAAUGCUGGGUAACGUUAGAUUUCCUACUGCCCAGGAGGCAUUACCUGGUAGAAGCGAUGCCCUACAAGUAGCGGAUAAACAUAUGGUAAAUGGGAACUCAACUCUGGAACCAUUCCCAGCCGGCACAGAAAUAGCAUUGUUUGGAAUGGGCUGUUUCUGGGGUGCAGAGCGCUUGUUCUGGAAACAGGAGGGUGUCUAUUCAACCCAGGUGGGUUAUGCAGGAGGGUACACCCCAAACCCUACUUAUAAGGAGGUCUGCACAGGGCUCACUGCACAUGCUGAGGUUGUCCGAGUUGUAUUUGACCCAAAAGCAAUACUUUACAAGGCGCUGCUGAAACUAUUCUGGGAAAACCAUGAUCCUACAGAAGGAAUGAAACAGGGAGAGGAUGUAGGAACUCAGUACCGUUCAGUGAUAUUCACCUAUGGAGAUGUGCAGAGAGAUGCUGCUCUACAAUCUAGGGAUGCCUUUCAAAAAGAACUCAAUGGCUGCAGCCUAGGACCCAUUACAACAGAGAUAUGUGCAGCACCUACCUUUUAUUAUGCUGAGGAUUAUCACCAGCAGUAUCUGCACAAGAACCCAGGGGGGUUCUGUGGAUUGAGAAGGACUGGUGCAACCUGCCACUAAAUCAAUAUGCCUGAGAUUUCCCACUUUCAGCUUUCCGGUUUGCUGGUGUUACUAUAAUAUCAAAGCUAAUUUUCUUUUAUUGUCUUUUUCAUCAGUUACAGUAUACUUAUUUUAACCUAAUGUGAAGUAAAUAUGCUGAUUUAAUAAAUGCUGCACAUAUGA